UCCCUUAUUUAUGGUCGCAGAAAUGGAAUCAACAUUUACUACUCCAUGCGCGAAUGCAUCUCCGUUCACGUCGGCCAGGCUGGUGUCCAGAUUGGCAACGCCUGCUGGGAACUGUACUGCCUGGAGCACGGCAUUCAACUCGACGGGCAGAUGAUUGAGGGAAAGACCACCGACGACUCCUUCAGCACCUUCUUCAACGAAACUGGCGCCGGCAAGCACAGUCCUCGUGCUGUGUACGUCGAUCUGGAGCCGACCGUGGUGGACGAGGUGCGCACUGGAGCCUACAAGAAUCUCUUCCACCCAGAGCAGCUGAUCACCGGCAAGGAGGAUGCUGCCAACAACUACGCUCGUGGCCACUACAGCAUCGGCAAGGAGAUUAUUGACAUUGUCCUCGAUCGCAUUCGCCGCCUCGCCGACCAGUGCACUAGCCUGCAAGGCUUUCUGAUCUUCCACUCCUUUGGCGGUGGCACGGGCAGCGGCUUCACCAGCCUUCUCAUGGAGCGUCUCUCCUUGGAUUUUGGCAAGAAGAGCAAGCUGGAGUUUUCUAUCUACCCCGCUCCGCAGGUGUCCACUGCCGUCGUCGAGCCCUACAACAGCGUCCUCACCACCCAUAGCACACUGGAGCACUCCGACUGCAGCUUCAUGGUGGACAAUGAGGCGAUCUUCGAGAUCUGCCGCCGCAACCUCGACAUUGAGCGUCCCAGCUACAGCAACCUGAACCGCCUGAUUGGCCAGGUGGUCAGCUCGAUUACCGCCUCGCUGCGCUUUGAGGGCGCCCUCAACGUCGACCUGAUGGAGUUUCAGACCAAUCUGGUCCCUUAUCCGCGCAUUCAUUUUCCGCUAGUCACGUAA